UCGAGCAAGUAAAAUAUGGUGGGAAAUUUUUACCAUUUUCCAACAACAUCUUUAAUUUCUCUCUGUUUUGUUCAGUAAUUCGACUCCGCAAUGAAGAAUCUCCUUAAAUCUCUCGUGCUGCUGUCCGUUCUUAGCUGUGCCUUCGCCAUUCGCUGUUACCAGUGCUCGUCGCAAACCGAUCCGCUGGGUUCCGAUAACUGCGGUGCGUACAAAGCGUUCAACAAAUCACAAAAUAUCGCGAUCGAGUGCAACAGCGAUGAGUCGCACAUGCCCGGUUCGUUCUGCAUGAAAGUGGUACAGCAAAGUCCCCGUGGAUUCAUUUGGGAUGGUCGAUGGCGCCAGGUCAUUAGGCAGUGUGCGUCCGUAUCCGAAACGGGAGUUACGGGCGUUUGCAACUGGGGUGUGUUUGAGAACGGCGUGUACUGGGAAGAGUGCUACUGCGUCGACGAUGAAUGUAACGGUGCUCCGGGAAGCAUUACCGCAUCUUUCGCUGUACUGUUCGCGGCCAUUCUACCUGUACUGAUUGCGAGAAAACUCGUUGCUUAAAGCAAAGAGCUGACCGUUCAGAGUGCCUUUUCCACAAUCAAACAGUUUCCGUCCAUUUCACUCAACGUGCAAAGAUGUUGUUCAUAUUUUAGAACAUUAGAAACGUAACUCGUCCGUUUUUCGUGUAGCUUUUAGCACGACCAGACAUUCCAAGCAGUAAUCUCAUCUGAAAGUAUUUCUCACUCCGAUAUAGCUAUUAAGCGACAAAAGAUGACUGGAAAUAAACAAUUUUAAUACA